AUGGAUAGGCCAGUGGCAAUGCGCAUGCUUUCCCAAGAAUUGCAGCAGAAGGCAAUUCUGGAAUUAAACGAAAAUCCAGAGAAAAUCUCCGAGUAUCUGGACAAGCUUAGGCAAUGGUUGCAGAAACAACCACAUUUAACUGCUAGAGACGAUGAUAUGCACUUGUUAUCAUUUUUGCGUGGAUCGAAAUGGAGCUUUCACGUAGCUACACAAAAGAUCGACCAGUUUUAUAGCAUGAGAGCUUUGGUACCCGAAUUAUUCCAGAAUAGAGAUCCAUUAUCUGAGGAACUGCAGGCUAUUUUUAAUGCUAGAUCCAUAACUCCAUUGCCCGAUGAGGCCGGUUAUGUCGGUCCCAAAAUGAUUCUGUUAGUUUUUAAUGAAGCAGCGGCGGGUAUCUCGUUAGUAUCCCUAGUUAAAGCUCUCUUUAUGAGUUUUGAUGUUUUGAUGCAUGAGAAUGACAACAUUAUUGUUUCCGGAUUUAAAAUCUUUUGCGACUACAAAGAAGUUACCCCAAAAUAUGUUCUAAGCGAGUUUACGCCAAGUAUAAUGAAAAAAUUUGCAGUUGGCCUUCAAAGCGUAUACCCGAUGAGAAUGAAAGGGCUAAUUGGCAUAAACGUACCAAAAUCGUUAGAGGUAGUUUAUAACAAUAUUGGAAGACACUUUUUGAGUACCAAACUUCAGGAAAGAGUACGUUUAAUUUCUGAAAGCGAUUGGAACCAAGCUGCAGGUUGUGAUGUGAUGAAGUUCAUUCCUAAGGAAUAUGGCGGAAAAAAUACAUCGUUGAAUGUGUUAGCAGAUGAAUGGAGCAAGAAAAUGGUAGACUGCAGAGAAUGGUUUUUAGAGGAGAAUAAUUACAUUUGUGAUGAAACAUGUAGGCCGGAUUACACAUCUUGUAGUGAUAAUUUAGGUAUGGUGGGAUCGUUUCGCCAAUUAGAUAUCGAUUGA